ACUUGGAUUCCCAACAACGAUUGCGAAGCCACGCGACUUGGGCUGCGCCCAAUCAACGGGAUGUCUUUUGUGGCGCGUCAUAUAUUACGCGACUAGAAGAUGUCAAGCAUGGCCACAGUUUCUGGUCUGCAAUAUACUAAAGAUGAGAAAGAUGCCAUUUUGGAACCAUUGUCUCUACCUGAAAGUCAAAGUACCAAUACACCUGUAAAGAUCCACACAUCUGUAUCCUGCAUCCUGUGUGAAGAAAAUUUCAUGCUUUCAGCCAAAGAUGUUCUUUUGAAACAUUUUGUUCUGGAACAUAAGCUUGUGAUUGCAGAUGUCAAAUUAAUAGCAGACUUUAGAAGGUACAUUAUGUACUGGAAGAACCGAUUUAAAGAACAGUCAAUUGUUGACUUCUGCAGUAUAAUAAGAACAAAUACAGAUGGUCCUGUUGAAUCUCAAGAAGAUUAUUUCUUGUUAUGUGACGCUUUACCAGAGGACAGAGUUCUUCGAGAACAACUUCAGCAAAAGAGACUGGAAGAGGUCCUAGAGCAGCAGCAGCAAGAGCGAAAUGACAACUGGUUUCACUGUGUCUGUCUAUUUUGUACUGAGGAAUUCACAGAGAACAGGUCUGAAAUUCUUAACCAUAUGGCAAAAGAUCACGGCUUCAACAUGGGAUUGCCUGACAAUAUUGUGUAUGUUGGUGAGUUCCUGACAAUGCUGAAGAAAAAACUUGAUAACUUGCAGUGUCUUUACUGUGAAAAAGUCUUCAGGGAUAAAAAUACCCUGAAAGAUCAUAUGAGGAAGAAACAGCAUCGCAGAAUAAAUGCGAAAAACAAAGAAUAUGACCAGUUCUAUGUUAUCAACUAUUUGGAACUAGGAAAAACGUGGGAAGAAGUUCAGUCUGAAGAUGACCGGGAAAUGACAGAUGAUCAAGAUGAUGAUUGGUCUGACUGGCAAGAUCACCCUGUUUGUGCUGUUUGCUUGUUUUGUGAUUAUCAGUCAGAAACAACAGAUAAACUUUAUAGUCACAUGAAGGAUUUUCAUGGCUUUGACCUUCAAAAACUAAAGACUAAUUUAGGGCUAGGAUUUUACCGUCAAGUAAAAUUAAUAAACUUCAUCAGACGAGAAAUUUAUCAGUGCAGAUGUUAUGGCUGCCAGGAAAAGUUUUCCAGUAAAGCCGAUGUUUUUAAACAUGUGGACAAAGCUAAACAUAUAAUGAAAUUGCCAGAUAUAUCAGUGUGGGACCAGCCACAGUAUUAUUUUCCAACCUAUGAAAAUGAUGCUCUGCUUUGCACAUUGUCAGAUGAUGAAGCAGAAUCGGACAAUACUGAUCAAGACAAAGAUGUACCUGUAAUUUCUGAAGAUAUUUCAAAUUUGAGAGUACUGAAACAGAGCAGUGUUUUAAAUCAGCUGCUAAAAUCUAAAUCAACAGCCGGUAACUGGGAUUUAUGAAACAAACGUAAAUACAGGUCUUUGUUUAAUUUUGUUUGCUUUUGUAUUAAU